AAGAGAGGAAGUUGAAGAGAUCGAAGAGCAAGACCAAAACUGAGGAAAUUACAAACACUGAGGUUAGGAAAGGCAUCAUGAAAAGCUUCCUCUCCUUCACAGUCCUGGCUGCCCUGCUGCUGCUGCCCAGCUCCCAGGCAGUCUAUGUUCAGGAUGGAGAUUUGAAAUUCUCCCUUGAGUCUGUGAAGAAGCUAAAGGAGCUGAUGGAUGAGAAGAGAAACGUUAACCCUCGCAUGAUGGUCUCCGUGGCUGCCUCUUCCCCGUGUGGUGAAAAAGAUCUCCCUGAGGAGUUCCAACCUGUGUGCAAAAGAGGAGAUGCACCCAAGAUAUUCGAGAGGCUGAGCUCAGCUAUCCAGGAUGCUGACUUGUGUGAAAUCUGUGCCAAUGCUGCCUGUGCUGGUUGCUUCUGAAUAAGGAGGAAGCCCCCAAAGAAGAUGUGUCAAGGGCAGAAGCUUAUGCACCCCACAGCUCUGGGCUCUCCCCACCUUUCCCAGCCCAUGCUUUGCAGCGUGUUGGAGAACUCUCUCUCUGCCUCUAGUCUGCAGUGCCAGCAGUGCAGCCAGGAGCCUGGGGAUGAGUUCCUGGUGUUCAGCAACACUUCCACAGCCAGAAAAUUCUCAGUGUGUUCCUUGUGCUGACUGUUGCCCCUUCAGGGGCUGGAUGUGGAGGAGCACAGGAGCUGAAUAGGAAAUUGUGUGGUUUGUAGUUUUUUUUGU